UCAAACACGGAACUUUCAUAAUAGUACAUCUACAGCGAGCUGUGGACUAAGAAGUUAGGGGAUGAGUUAAAGUGGUUAUUUCUUAUAUAUAUAAAAAGUUACCUCCAGCUUCAACAUGGUUAAUCUGGGGCUCACCAAAGUGGACGACGCGUUGGUGGCCAAACAUCCGGGUUUGGAGAGCUACGCCGCCUGUCAGUCUCAUGCUUUCAUGAAGGGGUCUGGGACCUUUGUGCUGGGUGUUGCAGGUUUUUUUGCUAUUCAGAAGGCCCUACAGAGGAAGCUUCCUUAUCCCCUUCAGUGGAACCUGCUCAUUUCAAUAGUGGCAUCAUCAGUGGGCAGUUACGCAGUGACUCGCUGGGAAACGCAGAAAUGCUCAGACCUCUGGUUGCUCCUAGAAACAGGCAAAGUCCCAGACAGGUCACCACCUCCAGUACCCCAACAAGAGGAACCAACAGCACCACAGAAGACAAAAUAUGGUGACGUGAUUGAAUGAAGAAGUUUCAAACAAAUUUUAUUAUCUCCAAUAUAAAGAUUAUAAAUAUAUAAAGAGAAAUAGCUCAGUGGUGCUCUGCACAUUUUGCAUGGCCCACAUGAUUGUGUAUUAUAUUUAUUCUGGUUGUGGAGCUCUUAAAUUUCAUAACAGUAUCAAUCUGUGGAUUUAAAAAAAACAAACAAACCCUGGGUUUUCCUGACUCAGAGGUCAGGAAUUAGUUGUGGAUUUUUAGUAGGAAUUAGAUGUAAUGCUUGUAAUCCGGUGUUCUUGUUAUUAACAGGGUUCGUACGGGUGCUUGAAACCUUGAAAAUGCUUGAAUUUUAAUGUUGUCUUUUCAAGGUUUGAAAAGUGCUUGAAUUUCAGAUGUGGUGCUUAAAAGUGCUUGAAAGUGUAACUGUAUUUCAUUCACCACACAUAACUAUCUGAUUGAAUAGUUUUCUUAUCAGAUAGAGAAAUAAAAUGAGUCGCAAAAUGUAAAAGCAAAAUUUCGCCGUCUGGGCUGCCUCGUGUCUGUUUCAACGUGUGACCCCGCCCCUCCGUCGGACAGUCGGGGAUGAGUGCGCUGACACAUCUGCUGUCAGACCUGCAGGUUUAUCCCUGUGCUGUUCUCAUCUGUGCUAUAGUGGACACAAACAAUUUUUUGGAGUUGCAUAAAUAAUUUAAGUGCCUUCUUCUUUGAUGCAGAACACCUGAUUGUUCUGUAAAUAGUUUGAAAUGGUUAUAUUGUGGUGGACCAGUAGAGGGCUCCACUCACACCCAGUGUAUAGGAAGUGUGUUCCUGUGUUUUGUGGCGCGAUAUGCGCAGUUGAUGUUGGAGACGAAUAAAGAAGGAGUGAGAACUGAGA